AUGGGCCGGUCAUGGACCAGCCAACUGAAUGGUCACAAGCUCGUGAGAAACACCUCUGACUGGGUGGUCCGGCACACGAACUCCCGCACUGUUGUAGUAUGGCUUUGCAUUGACCUCUUUAUCUCCCUCGGCCUUGGCACGUAUUACUUCCUCUUUAGAUACGUCUCUUCGCUCGGCUGGGUGCCUUUGCAGAUGAUGAGCAACUUUAAGUUCUACAUCCUCAUCGCUGGCAUCCGAGCCGCAUGCACACUCUGGGGUAUCACCUCGGUCCUGCGGCGGAAGGUGAAGCACGUGAAGCUGUAUUACACCGUUUUCCUCCUCAAUCUGCUUGUCGCUGUCUGGCUCAUGGUGCCGAUCCUUCGCAUGGAUUGCAGCAGCUGUGAAGCAAACAAAAACUACUAUCAGUGCGAGGCUCUUCAGUCCUUUGCCCGCGACGGAGUUUCUUUAAACAAGGUCCCUCGGCCCAAGGGCUUCCCCCAUCGCGAGGUCCCGUACGCGGAGCCUCCAAAUCCAAAGAACUCUCAGGAGGUCGCUGUGACGAAAGCCGCAGAAUCUGUCGCCAGUUCGUCGUCCACGACCGUGCCUUCGACGACUGCGACUGCGACGGCCUCGCCUGCCAGAGAGGAUCAGCAGGCUGUUGAUGAUGCCAAGAAGCUUGCGGCCGCGACGCAGCAGCUCGGGAGGACCCCCGAAGGGGGCGCCCUGCUGGGUCUCAACCCGGGGCUGCUUUCGGCCGAGCCCGGUCAACACGAGGCCGAGAUGCUCGACGACCUCCUGAGCAGUGGCCGCCCUCGGCUGGUAGAGAAGAAGAGGAGGCGUUGGAAGGCUCCGAGCUUUCUCCAGCUGGAGGACCCACCACAGGGCGCUACAGGCGUGCUGCCUGCAAACGGGCAGUAUCUGCAGAGCCCUGCUGCCGCCGGUCAGCUUCCACAGCAGCCGCUGUUGCAGCAACCGCAGGUGAUGCCGUUUCUGCAGCCGCAGUGGGCGAACCCGCAGCAGGGCGUGAUUUCGCCGAACCAGCAGGGCCCGAAUUCGCCGAUCCCGCAGUACCUGGUUUCCCCGACCGCGCAAGUCACCCCAACACAGCCUCAGCCGAUGGUUCAAGUCCCUCAGGCGCAACCUAUGCAAGGACAGCCGAUCUCCCCGUACGCAGCGGCUCCUGCAAAUCAGGCCGCUAUGGUGGCACAAGCGACGCCGGUCGCUGCCACAACGGCCACCACGACUACAGCCGUGACAGGAACGACGACGAAGCCUCUUGAUCGUCAGGUCUCGGAAGGAGACGCGGCCGAGACGAUCGCGGAAUCGACCUCAGUGCAAGAAGCUGUAGAUCUCACGAAAAAGCUCUACCACAAAAGGUGCCGGUGCGAUAAAGAGAGCUGCAGGUCUUACACCGACCACGAUGGGUAUGAGAAGGGCUGGUGUUUCCUCGACGAAGAGUCCGUCGAUCGCUGUCAUGCCGAGCGGAAACAAGUGUUCAAGGACCUGGACACGGGGCGGCUGUGGUCUCGGGACAUCUGUCACACGGCUGCCGCAGAUGAGCACAGUUGUCAGUGCUCCGGUAUCGGCAUGAAACCCACGAGAGGCGCCUCCACCGUGGACCAGGCACUCCUGGGUGACAAGAAAUUCAAGUAUGGGUCCUCCUGCGAGAAGUGGAAUGGAGCCGCAACGGCCUUCAAGUGGUGCUAUGUCGGCUGGGACAGUCCCUGCGUCGAUCGGAGGAAGGACACAACCAUAUCGAGCAGCUACAAGGAGCAAGAGAUUCCCUCCCAGUACUGGUCGAGUGUCGCCUCCGAAUGCGAUGCACACGGGCUUGCCCUGAGGAAUGCAUCGGAUGCCUGUGAGAACCUGGAUUCCGUGGCGAACGUUGUCUGCUUGAUUCACCUCUUCUUGUCACUGCCGAUGGUUGCCGUGCUGUACAACUUCAUCUCUAACCGGUGUGGCGAUGACAUCAAGAUGGAGAGCCAGUUCGCCAUCGAAAGCAGCAGCAGUGACGAGGACGACAAUGAUGAGUUCGAGGCCGGUGUGGCCGACGACCGGGAGGACGAAAGCGAAAGUGCGGGUGACGACGCUGCUGUCCCGCAGUUCGCCGGCGAAGACGCAGCCCCGAAGCCAGAGGAGGCCGCGGAGAGCUCGUUUUGA